ACAAGUUUAGUCGCAACGUAAACGUCGACCGGAGUGGUUCAUUCGAAAUAAAGCGAACGGAGAAUCAGCAAUUCGCGCGGGGACCGUAUCGAAUGAAGGUGGUGCGCGCGUCAUUCGUCAUUGGCAAUAAUUUUGUGAAUCAUUGUUAAAAUACGAGAAAAAACGAAAAGAAACACAAAAAAAGUGAUUUGAAAUUAAACAACAAAUCAACGCACAAAAUAAAUUCAAUAAUAAUGGUGUUGGUCGUUAAAUUCAAAAACCUCUUCGAGAUGAUUUUUAUAAUUCUGUUGAUGAGUGUAACCCAGUGCCACAUGCAAGAAGCAGCACAUCCAACUUUAGCACCGGCUACUUCAUCACCCUCUCAGACAAAUUGGCAGCAGCGAGCUCCAACACGCAACAAUGUUCAACGUUGGAGAGCGAAUCAAUCAUCAGCCCCUGUUGCAGCUUCUUCGCCUCAUUGUGAUUAUAAGGAGCUUUUGACUAAUUUACAUGAUCGCGUCAGCCUUAUGGUGUCUGUGGAUGAGGAUCUGCGCAAGCGCUUGGAAAACAUUGAAAAUAAGGUUGUGCAGUUCGAAUCAAGCAACUUGGCACGAAUGGACUCAUUGGCCUUGGCUCAGAUGGACUUUGGCAAACACAUGGAUCUCAUGGAACACAUACAGCGGCUCACCCGCCAUGGCGUCGAUGAACUCUUAGGUGAAUUCGGCGAAUACAUGAGGAUACAAAAUGACACGUACAUAACCGAUAACAGAAAUCAUUCCACAGACGCUAAUGAUGUUCGGACAAAUAUUUUAAGGAAAACACGCCAAACCGACUUCACGCCGCAGCCACAACAACAGCGCUCAGAGCCAGCACCAACAAUUUCAGAAUCGCAGAAAUUGGAUGCCUUGGCCACACUGCUGACAUCCACCAGAGUGGCCAUAAAUGCUUUGCAAUCCCAACUGCAGACGAAUGUCACCAAAUUGAUGCAGCAAACCAGUAAUCUGCAGAGGCGCUUCAACAAUUUGUGGAGAAGACAACAGAAUCAAGGUGGCUUUGUGAGUGCACCCAACUUCUAUGCCACUGCCAAUACUCCACAGCAGCUGACAACUAGCUGUGCUCAGGGCAUUGCAUCAACCAACGGGAUAUUGAAACUUCAGUUGACGCCCACCUCCGAUCCUUUCUACGUCGCUUGUGAAGAUCAAUUGGCCGGUGGUGGCUGGACUCUUAUUUUGAAUCGCUUCAAUGGCGACAUCAACUUUCAACGUGGUUGGAUGGAAUACAAGCAUGGCUUUGGCAAUUUGGCUGGCGAGUUCUUUAUUGGCCUGGAUAAGUUGUAUGCCUUGACAGCGUCUGCUGUUCACGAAUUGCUGAUCACCUUGGAGGAUUUCGAAAACCGGCGAAAAUAUGCUCGCUACAAUCUCUUUGCCAUUGGCAAUGAACAGGAAUCGUAUGAAUUGAAGCUGCUGGGAACUUAUGAAGGAGAUGCGGGAGAUUCCUUCUCUUACCAUGCCGGCAGCAAAUUCUCCACAUUUGACAAUGACAAUGACGGAUGUGUGGACUGCAAUUGUGCCCAAUCCCAUAAAGGAGCCUGGUGGUACAACUGGUGCGAUCAAUCCAAUUUGAUGGGACCCUAUUACGAGAAAGACUAUGACAAAAUCGAACAAUACCGUGGAAUUUACUGGCAAGACUGGCUGGGACCCAACUACUCCUUGAAGGCUGUCAAAAUGAUGAUCCGUCCUUUGAAUGUGGAUUCGGAUCGACGCUAAAACAGUUUUAGGGACGAAGGAAAAGUUCGUCAGAUUACGAAAUUAUUCUGUGUUCAAUUUUGUGUAUUUUAUUUUUGUAUAUUAUUUAUGUAACAUAAUCUCUGGUGCCACCCUCUAAGGAUGUGGCACUACAUUUAAGUCUGUGUUUAAAAUCUAAUAAAUAUGAUCAAAUGUAUGUAUUUAUGUACAUGUGUUGCCAUA